AUGCAAUCAUCAGCCGAGGAAACCACCAGAACAACUCCAGUUCUGCCACAAGACGCCGCGCUAUCUGCCUUGUAUGCGACCAUUCACGACGUUCCCACGUCCCAGUUGGCCCAUCAAACGGAAUUGGCCUUGGUGCUAUUGAUGGAUCGUCCCAAUCAAAGAAUUCUGUUCCAAGUACCCAAUACCAAACUCGGUUGGCGCUUUCAUUUUGGGUGUCGUCUCAUGAUACCCAACAACAACAACGACGACAGGAGUAAUGAUGAUACAACAGAACAAGACAUGAUCAAGACCAUCCUACAAGAACAUGGCCUGGAAGCAACUGCCAUACGACAAGCAGGAACCAUGCUCUUUAGCUUUCCCAACCACCACGAUCCUAUGCGGGUUACGGUGCUGGAAGCAACCAUACUAGACACCGACAAUAACAAGUCGGGGGGAACUUGGUUCUCUUGGGAAAGUGUACCCUACCAAGACAUGUGGGCAGAUGAUAUCCUGUGGCUACCAUGGUUCUUGUCUGCAAAUGGUUCUUCUAAUAAUGUCACCUUUGAAGGGCACUUUGUCUUUGAUGGAACUCCAGGACCUACCAGUCCGCUCGUUGCGCACAACUGCCAACGAACCGACGCUAAUAACGCGAAAGCUACAAGCAACAAAUAA